UUUAACAAUUUUAUCCCUGGUCACACUGGCCCCAAAUCAAUAAGCAAAUAGACAAAUUAUUUAGAAAUAAAUUUUUGGAUUAAAAAUGCCAAAGAAAAUGGGAAUCAACUCGAAGGCGGUGGAGGCCCGCGAGCGCAAGGAAGCCACGAAGAAGGCCACGCAGGACAAAAAGGCCAAGGAGGCGGAGGACCGCCUGUGGCACGACGACGACAAGAAUCUUGCCAAGAAGCAACAGCGCAAGGAUGAGGAGGAGCGCAAAAAAGCGGAUGCCGCCAAGCGGAAGGCCGAGGCUAAGGCUCUGCUCGACCAAGAGAUGAGCUCCAUCAACACGCAGCGCAAGCAGCCGCUGGCCAAGAUCAACCGCCAGCAGAUUCUCGAGGAGAUGGAGAAGAAGCAGCGCGUUAUCGAGGCGAUCAACGAGGCUAACAAGCCGGCUGCCACGCGUGUAGUUGUCCAGAACAACGUCGUAGAGGAGAACCUGAAUCGCUCCAUGGCCGACACCGAUGUGGCCACCAACAUUGACGAGGCUCUGGUAGUGCUGAGUGUAAACGACAACGAAGACGACAAGCAUCCGGAAAAGCGAAUGCGAGCUGCCUACAAGACCUUCGAAGCCAACAAUCUGCCCCGCAUCAAAGCCGAGAAUCCCUCGCUCCGCAUGUCCCAGUGGAAGCAGCUGCUAAUGAAGGAGUGGAACAAGUCUCCUGACAAUCCCUUCAACCAAGCGCGCUAAGCGACAACGGACUCUGGAUUUCCAUCGCCCCCAUCGACGAGUGUGCGUACUCUAGUGACUGUUUGCUGCCUAGCAGCAAAGACAACAAUGACUUUGAACUCUACGCAGAAUUUUAGUUUAUACCGAAAGUUGUGUGCAGAAUAAAUUAUUUAUUUAUUUAGGCCCAUUUAAAAA